AUGGUCAACAGGCGGAUUAAGAGGAAUUUUGAAGAACGUCUAAUUGCCCAUACUUUCGUACUGCAACACAUACCGGUAUUUCAAACAAAGCCAAAGCGCACAUGGCACCGCAAAAGAGUGUGGCGCAAGGACGACCCACAAACACGAGUUGAGGGAGACCCCAGUGUAAACAACCUUCAUGAACGGCCAACAAAGGCCAAGAUCGAUUCAAAGCCAAAUAAAAAGCGCACAUGGCACUGCAAUAGAGUGUGGCGCAAGGACGACCCACAAACACAGGUCGAAGAAGAUCACAGGGUCAAGGACAUUCCUGACCGGCCAACUAAGGUCAAUGUCAAUGAUCAACUACAAAAUGAUGAGAAAUUAGUAAAGGAGCCACACAGAAAGUCUGGGCCUCGAAGGUGGCGCUAUAACAGAAUAUUGCGGAGAGACUUUGUCUGGAAGAAAGAGGUGAAUAACAUACAACUUUUUGUCUUUUAA